AUGAUGGAAGCUGGUCGUCGUGGCCCUGAUCGCCCUCGCGUCCGUGGCCCUCGCGAUGCCAGGCUACGGAGGCUACAGGCCGUCUUACCACGGCUCUUCCCACGGCUUCCACGGCUCGUCCCAUGGCUCCUUCGGCUCUCACGGCUCCUUCGGCUCCCACGGCUCCUUCGGCUCCCACGGCUCCUACCACCGACCCUCCUCCGGAUACUACAGGCCCCACGGACACCGCUGGUGAGGAAUCGGAGGCGCGGCCGAGGCUUCGGGAGGCGCUGGCGAUUCCCAGGAGGCGAGCCGAGACGACCUGCUGAAGGGGGACGAGUGAGCGCCCAAGAAGAAUCGCGAAGGAAUCCGUUAGGUUUUUGUAUAUAUUUAUUCUUAUGUUGCGGGGGAUAUGCCGCUGCUGCCAAGAGAUCUUUCGUUUGUUUGAUUGUUUGUUUCUGUAAUUGUGAAAAGAGGUGUGAAAAAAUGAGUGAUGGAGACAUAUCAAGGCGUUGGCGAUAUUUGUUGUUGCUGGGAUGUUAUCAGUUUUUUGUGUUCAGUAGACUGUAUGUCUCUUAAAACAAGUGCGAAUUAAUUUGUUAAGCGAAAAAUAAAAAUGCGAAAUUAAUAAAGUGAUAAAAAAAUA